AUGUUAAUGAAAUUUGUCGUGAGAAAUUCUUGCUUAGUUCAGCCAGCCGAGCCGACAUGGAGCGGCUCCAUGCCGCUGUCGGAAUUAGACCAGAUCGGCGUAUUCGGCCACACUCCGACGAUAUACUAUUACAGACCUCCUCAAGAUUGGGCGGCGCCGCCGCGCCGGAUCUUCGAAACCCUCCGGAGCUCCCUCAGCAAGGCGCUCGUGAUAUUCUACCCGCUCGCCGGCCGCCUCCGCUGGCUGCCCGGCUCCCGGCUCGAGCUCGACUGCAACGGCGUCGGCGUGCAGCUGACCGAGGUGGAGUGCGCCGCCACCCUCGACGACAUCCGAGAUUCCGAUCCGCCGGAAUAUUCCCAUUUGGUUCCUCAGGUAAAUUAUUCGACUCCAUUGCCGGAAAUUCCGAUUCUCCUCGUGCAGAUCACGAAAUUCCGGUGCGGCGGCGUUAGCCUGAGCUGGAAUGUUUCACACGUGGCGGUCGACGGCACGAGCAACCUUCAUUUUCUAUCUGAAUGGGCGGCGCUGGCGCGCGGCGCGCCGACCGGUCCACCGCCGGUUCUCGACCGGCGGUUCUUGCGGGCCGGGGAGCGACCGGCGGCGUCUGGGCGGCGGUCGGAGUUCGUGCACGAUACGUUCGACCCGCAGCCGGUGGUGAUCGGAGAAAUUAACGACGCCGGAGAACGGGGGAAGGAGACGACGGUGGCGCUGCUGAAACUGACGGCGGCGCAGGUGGAGGAUCUUAAGCGGGAGGCGAAUCGAAGUCGUGUGGACGGCGGCAGCGCCGCCGUGAAAAGGCCUUACACAAAGUAUGAAUCCAUCGUCGCCCAUAUGUGGCAGUGCGCCUGCAAGGCCCGCCGCCACGCGGCGGCGCAGCCGACGGCGGUCAGGAUCUGCGUGAACGUACGGAAGCACGUGCGCCGCCUGCCACCGCCGCCGAGAAAGUAUUUCGGGAAUGCGAUUGUGGACGUUUUCGCAAAGGGACGGUCGGGGGAGAUCACAGCGGCGCCGCUAGGGCAUGCGGCGGCGCGUGUAAGGGAGGCAAUUGACAUGGUGACUGAAGAUUAUGUGGAGUCAAUGAUUGAUUAUUUGAAGGGUAUGAAGGACUUUUCGCAGCUUCAGGAUAUAAAAGCUCCCGGGACUAACGGCGGGACCUUCUAUGGGAACCCGAAUCUCCGGGUGACCAGCUGGCUGGGCCUCCCGCUCCAUGGACUCGAUUUCGGGUGGGGGAAGGAGAUUUCCAUGGGCCCCGGGGGCGACGACUGUGAUGGGAAUUCGCUAGUGAUAUCCGGCGGUGACGGUGACGGUGACGGGUCAGUGAUGGUAGGAUUAUGCCUUCAGGUUGCAUGCAUGGAGGAUUUUAAGAAAUUAUUUUAUGAGGACCUUCCCCUUAACUCACGACUGUGA